AUGGUUCAGAAGUCUGCCUUGCUGUCCUUUGAUGCAUUUUCCAAGACAGAGGAAGAUGUGCGUAUACGUACCAGGUCUGGUGGGCUAAUCUCGCUUUCGUGCGUGGUUUUGACUAUCUUUCUGUUGAUCAGUGAGUGGUUAAACUUUAACCAGGUGGUUACAAGGCCGCAGUUGGUUGUAGAUAGAGACCGUCAGUUGAAAUUGGAUUUUGUCGUUGAUAUUACGUUCCCCUCUAUGCCAUGCGCCAUGAUUAGCUUGGAUAUUAUGGACAACGCAGGUGAAUUACAAUUGGAUAUCAUGGAGGCUGGAUUCACCAAGACCAGGAUUGAUUCGAACGGUAAGGAGAUCUCAACUAGUUCGUUUGACGCCAGCGAUUCCUCUUCCGAUUAUGUCCCCGAUGAUGAGAACUACUGUGGUUCGUGUUACGGGGCCAAGGACCAAGACAAGAAUGAUGAAUUGCCUAAGGAGGAACGUGUUUGCUGCCAAACGUGUGACGACGUCCGAAAGGCAUACUUAGAGGCUGAGUGGGCGUUCUAUGAUGGGAAGAACAUAGAGCAAUGUGAACGUGAAGGUUAUGUCGAAAGGAUCAACCAACAGUUGAAUGAAGGUUGCAGAGUUCAAGGAAAUGCGCUAUUGAGUAGAAUUCAAGGUACCAUUCAUUUUGCACCCGGGAGAGGAUUCCAAAACAACCGUGGUCACUUCCAUGACAUGUCUCUCUACGACAAUACUCCACAAUUAAAUUUCAACCAUAUUAUCCACCAUUUGAGCUUCGGUAAACCUAUCAACUCUGGCGCUGAAGAUCGCGGAGCCGCAACUUCUACGCACCCAUUAGAUGGCCGUCAAGUGUUCCCAGACCGUGAUACACAUUUGCACCAGUUCUCCUACUUCGCUAAGAUAGUUCCUACAAGAUACGAGUAUUUGGACGACGUAGUGGUUGAGACAGCGCAAUUUAGCACCACAUACCACGAUAGACCACUCAGAGGCGGUGUCGACGACGACCAUCCUAACACAUUGCACUCAAGAGGAGGCUCGCCAGGCAUGUUCGUCUACUUCGAGAUGUCACCAUUAAAAGUUAUCAAUAAAGAACAGCACGCCCAGACCUGGUCCGGAUUUCUACUUAACUGCAUCACCAGUAUCGGAGGCGUGCUCGCCGUUGGUACAGUACUUGACAAAGUGCUCUACAAGGCUCAGAAAUCCAUAUGGGGUAAGAAGAGCCAGUGA